ACACCCAACCCUUGAAUCUUUAUUUUUUUAUCUAAUAUUCUGUUUGCGAAUUCUGUGAAUCUAUUUUGUUGAUUUACAUUUUCUUUGGAUGGUCUGUAGGAUUUUAAGGACUUCUUUUGUACUGUCUUGCUGACUUCACACGCUAUUGUUUACUUUAUUUCUGACUUCACACGCUAUUGUUUACUUUAUUUUUUCUAUUUAGAUUAUCUCGAUUUAUUACGCAUUGAGUGCCCAUACAUGAGUAGGUGGUUUCGUAUCUUGAAAUUGGAUGUAGAUUUUUUAUUACAAUUAGAUGUAUUGUGAUAUUCCUUUCUUUGUAUUGGUUGCAAUAUUUGAUUACAAUUAGCUCUGUGUUAAUAUAUGUGGAAGAAUUGUUAUGCUAUGCAAGCAUUUAUUGCUAUUAACCUACGCCAUGGCUGUUUAAGUAGCAUUAGUUUUUAUUUUGUUUAAGGCUUUCGAUUAUGUUUGUAAAGAUUACAAAACUGCAACUUUGAUUGAAUGAUUUUUUUGUUUUGUUGAAAUGUGUCAAUGGUGGUGGAAGUUGAAAGCUACAUGAUAUGUUUUGACCUCAGAAGAUUUCGGUCCCGUUACUUUUACUGUUAUUUUGAUUGGCACAGUUUAAAAUACACAAUGCUGACUAUUUCUUUUUCUAUUCAUGUUUUAGAAAAAUUAUAUUGGAAAUUAAAUGAUGUGAAGAUAGUUUUUAUGGCAAAUCUACCAAUAUGGCUUUUUAUGUGACAAAUCUAAAUACUUAUAUGUGCUUUAGUGAUCAAAGUUAAAAGGUGACUGCAUGCAUUAUAGAACAACAAACAAAAGAGGCCACAGAUAGUAUUAUUUUCAGUGAGCAAUCAUACAUUUGAGGUUGUUAUUGUAAGUGGUCUUGUUGCACCUAUCAAUUGCUAUUUGAGUAAUCUUUGAUUGUUCUGAACCUUUUGACCUAUACAAUACUUCUAUGGUUCAUGUUGCUUGCUAGCAUCAUUAGGAAAUGAUCUAGCAGGCCUCCAUUCAGAGAAUGUAUAUAAUGAUGUUAUUUUUGCAUGUAUCAUGUGCAUGAAGCCAAAGGGGACAGCUGCCAUGAUAGCUGGGUUCUCAUUUCCCAUUAGUUUGAUGUCAAGCAUGUUUCAACCACCAUUCCAUGAUUCUUUUUAUCAAUAGGUGUUAUGUAAUGUGCAUACCUAGAGAAUUGACCCCUGUACGAACUGUUUUUCUUUUCUGUUUUGGUUUCAUCAAUGUAUAACUCUAUUUUUUUUUAGCAUUUCAUUAAGUAGAUUGCUCAUCAUCUUAAAAUUCUGGUAUGCAAGAUCUAGCAUUUAUGAAACUGGGAUUUAGUACAAUUAAGAUUUUUUAUUAACUUACCUUAGCUUUUGAAUAUUGUAUGUUUUCAUUCAUGAUCAUUUCACGCAUAGUUUGUAAUCAUAUUACUAUUACCAAAUGAGAUGCAUUGUCGUAGCAUUGAUUUCAUCAACGUUUUACUAUAUUCUCUGUGUUUGAGCCACAUCUCACCCGCUAUAACUGCUAAAUAGUUUAAUUUAUGUAAGCCUGCUGUAUAUGAAUAUUUUUAAUUAUUGAAGCACCAUAUCUAGGAAAAUAACACACACAGUGUGAAUGUCUGAACCACCUGAUAUGCUUGAGAAAUUGUAAAUAUCUUCUAAUUCUUUGCUGGCUUGGAUGUUCAGUGUAAUGGCUAAGCACUGCAAGCUCCACUAAACAUCAAACGAAGUAUGGAACUUACUGUUCUACUGUAACAGUUUCCAACUUGUCUGGCUUGGGUGCUGCCAUUGCUUUUCAAGAUGGGACAUAAAUGUUGAUGCUUUGGUACCGGGUUAUAUAUUGCUCUGUCUGAUGGUUUAUAUUAUUUGCUGGGCAUACGGUAUGGAAGCAUUCUGCCUUCCUGAUUCAAAUAUUGUGAAAAGGCAGUCACAUUUGCAUGUGCAGUAUGGUAUACUCUGAAAAGGUUUGAAGUGUUGUGAUAACAAGGAAUGAGAUGGACUUCAGGCUUGAAGUCAUAUCAACACAGCUGUGGCAUGCAAGUGUUUGGAGGGUUGCGUGAGAACUAUGAAAAUUGGAAUUAGCUUGGAACAUGAAUAUAUAGGUACUCCGAUUCAAAUGUAGUCAGUUGGUUCUUGCUGUCAUCAAUACUUGAACCAUUGAGCUUUUGAGAUCAAGGCUGAGAUGGACUUGAGGUGUUAUUCAGGAAGAGGAGCUGGUUAAGUGCUUGUGUUUAGUGGUUAUUUAAGAACUAAAAUUCCUGAGUUUGUUGAAGUUAAUUUGGAACAUGGAUAUGUAGAGACUCAUACUAUGAAUCUGAAGCUGGCCAACAUGCCCGAGUUUUUGAUAUCUUCUGAUCACUGCAUAAUGGCCAAUUCAUUGGGUACAUUUUAGAAAUAGGACCAUGCCAUUUUUGUUAGAGCCUUAGAGGACAGGAUAAUGUUGUUGAGACAAGAAAGUAACUGGGUGCUGCAGAGACUGUUUUGCAGUUGUAUUGCCGAGCACACUCACAUCUUGAUGUCUUGAAGCAUCAAGGGAUGUACACAUUGCCUCAAUAUUGGGUUGUCUCAGUUGCCAUGUGGGACACUCAAAAGAUCACUUUUCUCCAAGACACUGCACGCUAAUAAGCUGAAGCGCCUUUUAUGGGUGAAAAAGCAAAAGCAAAGAGUUGACUUGGUAAGUUUUAAGGGAACAUGGCUUGGUAACAUUCAGUCGCAUAGAAUGCCUGGUUAGGUUCCCAUGGACGAUUAGUUGAUGUGUGAUGGUUGCAUAACCUUAUGAAAUGAUGUGGAGGGAGAAGUACCUUGUCAGUGGGCUGACCCGCCUGAGUCUACUAUUUGAUACCAACGACAAACUGCUUCAAUGGUCUACUUAUCACUUAGUUAUGACCUGGCAAUUGUUUGAGUGCUACUUUAACUUGCAUGGAAUUGUGGGAUGUUAUUGGCUAAAGGAACUAAGAUUUUCAUUGCAACAUCCAAUUCCAAUCUUUGGAUGUGUAGCUACUAACUACACUGUGAACCGUGGAGGAGAGGUAGUUCAUUUUCAGUUGGGCUGCAGUUGCAAUGGAUAUAGAAUGCAUUCUGGCCCUUCACCACCGCGGCCGCGCAGACAAGAAGCCAGCAUUUUUGAUGAUGCUGUUGGUCCACGUUACACCCGUGGAUAUCAAGGGGAUGGUAGAGGACGUGCAAGGUUCCGAGAGGGUUCUCCACCAUAUGGAAGAGGGAGCAGAUCAUAUGGGAGGGGCUAUAGUGCUCCUGGAAAGGAGUUCAUUAAUAUUGAUGGAGAAUAUGUUCACAGGAAUGAUCCAAAUUUGUCACCAAGAGAAGGCGAUUGGAUAUGCCAGAUUCCAAAUUGUGGAAAUCUCAAUUUCGCUCGACGCACUCACUGUAACAACUGCAACAAGUCCCGCUAUGCACCUGAAAUAUAUGAACCUAGCCACAGCCCUCGCAGGGGUUACAUCAGCCCUCCACGAGGGCCUCAAAGGAUUGUUGGUCCACCAGGUGACCGUGCCCCUCCAAGAGAGAUGACCAGGUACAGAUCACCACCUCAUGGUUGGGGUGUUGAUGAUCCUAGGGGAUAUGCAGCUCGAUCCCCUCCAGAUCGUGCAGGACGAUUUACAGAGCCAUCACUUAAGGAAAGAAUGGGCUUCCGCGGUGAGCGUGAUCUGAGGGAUCGUGCAAAGUUUGAGUGGUCUGCCACUGACGACUACAGUCAGAGGGAACGUCCACAUGAUGGGUUGUAUCCUGACAGGAGUCAUCGUCGAUCAGGGUCUCCUCGGGGUAACUGGGGAAAUGAUCUGCGUGACAGAAGCCGGUCUCCCCAGAACAGACCAAUGAAGAGCUCUUUCACCGGGAGAGGUCGACCUGAUGACUAUGCUGAUCCAUAUGUAAACCGAGGCAGGCCUAAUCUGGAAGCUGGCCGUGGCCGUGGCCGUGGCCGUGGUGGUUACAGACCAGGAGGUGGUCCAUUCCCUGGCGAGGGUCGAGGUGACCGCCAUGCUGCUCCUGCUCUCCGUGGUAGGAAUGAAGACGGCUACUAAAUGAAGGGAAAGCCUAGUUAACCUGGAGCUUGAGAAUUGCUGCAGCUUGUAAUGUUUAAGAGUCCGUACUUUGUCCUAAACUGUGGUAACUGUGUCGCUUAUUUGGACAUGCCUGGUUAUAAUCGACUUCUCUCUUUAUACCCGCGGUGUUCAGUGCAUCAUCACUAAAUGGGGAGUUCAGAGAUGAACAAGUUCACUAUGCUUAACAGUCUGUUGGAUGCACAUAUUGGUCAUAUGAGCUACUUUGGCCUUUGGUCAAGGCAGAGAAAAGGACGGGUUAAUGAGCACAACUGCAGGUUGGCCUGGCUGCUUUCUCGUUACUGCCUUGGUCGGUUGUGAGUUGGCGUUUCUGAAUGGUCAUCCAAUUUUGUAGAGAAGCGUUGGAAGUUGUACGUUGGACUGGGCAGGGCAUGUGGGAGCACAUUCUUCUCGGCAUGUGUUGGUUGCUCGUCUUGCGGCUGUGCAUCGCGUUGAUGCGCGCUACUGAUCAGGUUUAAUUAGUUAACUUAGAGCUGUAUUACCAACGAUUGAUUUUUGUAAUUAGCGGUGAGGUAUGACUGGGAGCUAGACAAUACGAGGAUCAGCUGUUAUGAACAAUGCUCUAGGAUUUAGUAGUUCAUAGUGCUGAAGCUCAGUUUUGACUGAUAGUUCUUAGUGUUGUUAUUGGAUUCGAUUAUGGGCCUACAGCUAUUGGAAAACUUCAUGGGAUUCGAUCUGA